AUGUCAGAUAUACCUAUAUCUGACCCAAAUUUGCAAAGGAAAUUGAGUAUAGAAAGUCUGUCAUUAGCAUACGCUAAAAAGUCUGCGGUCAAGGAAGUCAUAUUUGCAGUGAGUAUCCCAUAUCCUUUAUUGAAAGCUUGGUAUAAUAUUGUGUCAACGUCAAAUUAUACUGGUAAAUUUGCCUAUACUGAGCUGCUAGAAAGUUGUAUUCCUGGACAUUCGUUUGCAAUAACAUCUGAAGAGGCAGUCAGGCUUCAUGUUAACGAGUCCCUGAGGAAACUUGCAAGCCAAGUAAAUGCAGAUUAUGGAAGAAGCAGAGGCAGGAAAAGGAAAGACCUCGAGUCGAGAGCCAAGAAAUUCCAUAUUCUCGAUGGGAAAACAGUCUCCGUAGCAGAAAUGAAGCACAAGACCAAAAUAGCUCAUGACAGGUACAGGAAUGGAAGGAAACUUGUCAGAAUCUAGAAAGAAAAGUUCAACAGUUGUACCAAGAAAUGAAACAAUUGACCAGACAAAAAGGGGUAGAAAUUUCAGGUUUACAAGCCAAAAAUGAAGAUUUACAAGCCAAAAAUGAAGAUUUACAAGCCUCAAAUGAAGAUUUACAAGUCAAAAAUGAAGACUUGGAAGCCAAAAAUGAAGGUUUGCAAGCCAAAAAUGAAGAACUACUUAAUUACAUAGCACAACUAGAAAACGAGUUUAGCUACAAUGGCAAAGGUAUCUCUGAAGUGCAAAAGAAAUCAAGAUUAUUGAAAACAUUCAUGUCUCGAGCCGAAGUGGCACUAUGGUUUGCAAAUUCAUAUGGACUUAAAGUAGAAAGUCUAACUGUAUGUGAAAUCAAGUCUGGUACUGAACAUAAACUAAAUAUUGAAAAUGCCAAUUCAAGGAACAGCCAUACCCAUGGAUUUGAAAAUCUGUCUAAGGAGGAUCAAGAAAAGGUUGAAAAGGUAUUAUUCCUUCUCGAGGACAGCUUUUAUCAUGAAUUAACAAUGUUGGAAAAUGAUUUACCAAAAUCAUAUUUAGUGAAACAAAGGAGGGACCAACUUAACAAAUUAUGUCGCCUGAGUUCUACACCUGGCGAGGAAGAAGGAUCCCAGUUUCGAUUAAAAGAUAUUUUAACUGAUAAAAUGAGAGAUUUCAUUUCUUGCCCCCCAGAAAGAUCAAAUAACGAACAAUGCAUAAAAGUUAAAAUUUCAGGGGAUGGUGCUCAAAUGACCAGAAAUUCCAACUUCAUUCUCAUGAGCUUUUCUCUACUUCAAUCAUCUGAGGAUGUUAUGGCUGCCUGUGGCAAUCAUACCAUUGCAAUUGUUAAAAGUAAAGAAGACUACGAUGUCUUAAAGAGGUGA